AUCAAGAAUCGAGUUUGAUAUUGAUUCGGCAUGGUUUUAGGUUCGUCUGGUUGAUUUUAACUUUAUUUCCUUCUGGAAGACAUUUCAGUAGCCUGACCGUUCACAUUAGCCUAUUUUCAACGGACAACUGACGACCACAAUACAGUAGAGUUUUUAAAAAGUGAAAUUCUGAUUCCCGCUCUUUUCCAAGAUAUGAAUGUCCGUCUGUACAUCUUUUCACCUAAUCGAUAGAGAGUUAGCUUUUCGAAAGUCAUAUAGCAGUAUAGUGGAGGUGCUGACGUGUAAUUAAAAUACAUUAUUGAGAAGUCAACAUCAUGCCUGUUCCCUUCAUCAGGAUGUGUACAACGAGAUGUAAACGUCUCUAUACCUUAAUAGUGAUGAUCAUCACAGCCUUCCUUGUCCUUUACGCUAUGGUGUCCCUCGGAGGGAAUGAUGAGAAAAGUGAUAAUUUGGCGGAUGUGGUAAAGACACGGAGUGAAGGUGCCCCCAUUGAACCGCAAGAAAUACUGGAAAAGGUAAAAGAGGUGAUAGAAGAAGACAUACAAGGAACACAACAAACAGGAGACGACGGGGCUGAAUUAAACGACAAACUCUUCGAUAACACCGAGGAAGGAGAAGAUGAGAGACCUGAAGAAAUAAUUGGUUGUGACGCCUGUGGAGAAAUCAUUGAGGAUGUGGCUCUACCACUUGAAAUGACCACCAGGCGGAUUGUAGCAGAACAGUUCAUUACCGAAGGGUUUAUAAAUGAGAAUGACACACAAGCGAUCGGGAUGAACCAAACACUAAGAGUGCUUACGCCAGAAGAGAAAGCAUUGCGAAGACAGGAAAGGGAGAAUAGGACAUUAGAAAGAGAAUCAGACAAGAGGAGGAGAGAAGCAUUGAGGAUAGAAACAAAGAACAACAAGACGAUUGUUCGAAUAGCCGAGAGGAGACGACAAGAAGCACUCUUCAACAUCACCCGAGCUCAGAGUAAACGCAAAUUCAGGAUGGAAAAUGCGUGUUCAAAGUCCGUCUACCUGAAGUACCAGAACUUGCUCUACAAGGAUACCCUGCGGCAUCUGUUCGUGGUGGAUAGUCAGAAACUGAUGUUCUGUUAUAUCCCAAAGGUAGGCUGCAGCAACUGGAAGCGCAUCCUCAUGGUUCUCAGUGGCAAAAAGAACAGCAUGGACAGUAUCACAUCUAGAGAGGCACACUCCAGGAACGGCUUGACUCGUUUCGGAUCACUGUCCAUGGCCGAACAGUUCUACCGGCUCAAGAACUACCGAAAGGUCAUGUUCGUCCGGGAACCAUUCACAAGGAUCAUAUCGGCUUUCAAGAACAAGUAUAAAGAUCUGAGCGUGUUCCGCCAAGCACCGGAAUACCUGAAGCAGUUCGCACGACGGAUCAUGAGGAAGUACCGUCCAGGAGCCUCUCCUCACGAACUAACGACCGGUGAAAACAUCACCUGGGCAGAGUUUACAGACUACCUGGCUGAUCCUCUAGAGAGUCCUAACUUUGACGAACACUGGAAGGAAAGCUACAAGCUCUGCUCCCCGUGUAAAAUCAAAUACGACUUCAUUGGCAAGCUCGAAAACAUCGAGAAUGAGGCGAAUUAUGUCUUGCAACAUUCAAAUUUUACCAUGAACCUAACAUACCCAAGUCCAUCAAAUAGUCACCCGACAAACAGUGCUUCAUUGAACAUUAGUUAUCUUUUCGAAGACUUCUCCAAGGAAAAAUUGCAGGCACUUUGGGAUAUAUACAGGAUUGACUAUGCACUUUUUGAUUAUGAGAAACCGUCGUUUGUGCCUUAAGGAAGGACAUUAUCCUCUGAAUUAUGCAAUUAUUUGACAGUUGUUUCCCAAGACCUUAUACUAAUUUUAGUUUUCUUUAAAAUACGUUAUACGAUGUUUCUCACUUGUACUCCUUAAAGUAUCCAGGUCGGUGGUCUUGAUGAAAGCCAAUGGCAUGCAUGCUACAUCUUCCCAUUGCAUUGGAAAAGUAAAGAAUAAUACAGCUCUCCUUAAUGAUGGGACUCAAGUAGCCGCUUAGUAUUCACUGCCUUAUAACUGAAUUUUAACUGGUAUGAAAACAGACACUUUUUGUCAAAUUUACCGCGUUUUCAUGAAUCCAGUUCUUAAAUAACGUCAUUUAUUCCAAAAACAGGGAAACUGAUCUAAAAUAAAGUUAUGCCACCUCCAACAUGAGGCUCCAACCAACACCCUCCCCGUCCCUUGACCCGACACUAUAAUCCGUAUCUUGUGUAUCUAGCUUAGGUAAAACUUUCGUAAAACAUGUUAAAUUAAAUUUACUCAUUAUUUUUAAUCCUCUUUUUGGUAAAUAAUUAUCGUAAUGGAAGAUAAGCAUUGUGCUCUGGCUUAAUCCUGCAUACUUUUGUAUUUUUGGGGUUUAUCAAUAAAAGUAUUCCUAAAGUUGCGCAAGACUUUACGAUCUACUUAAGAUAAUCUCGAAGUACUCGGUAAGAUAAUGAACAAAAAUAAAGAAUUCCAUUUAGAUUUUUCGUAAACUGUUGUUUAUUUUUACAAUAAUUUUGUUGAUCUUAAUUGAUUUUUUCUGAUGCUCGGUGAUUGAAAAUGCCACUUGAUUUUCCAUAAUUAUCUACACUUCACGAACAUCUUCGUUAAACAUAAAUUUGAUAAUCUUGAGAAAUGAAUCAAAUACGAAACUACUUGAUGUUUAAGAGCAACAUGGCAUUUGAAAAUAAAACCCUCAUUAACUUCCUUUU